AUGUUUGUUAGAUAUACGAUACCGGGGAGCGAACUAGAAGAUAUCGCGACGAGCACGAAAGACAAGGACGAGCUGCUUCUCCUUCAGACCUUGCUUAUUGCUGGCCAAUUCGACCCGAAAUGGCAUUCCUUUGGAUCAGAUCUACUACGUGCUGCAGUGAUACAUGAAAACCUAGCUCUGCUAGACACGGUCAUCGAAAGUGGAGUAGACAUCGACAAAAAGCUGGUGUUCCCAGAUUCGUCCGGCCUUCGGAAACAUGAUCUUGGUCCAGUCGUAGCACACAUACUGACCUCUCUACAGUUUGCCGUUCGCAAUCGUCGUGAGGAUCUAAUUGAGAUCCUAAAUGAACGUGGUGCUACCAUAUUGCCCAUGAACCCGGAUUACAACGGUGUCAGUGGAGUAUUUCUCCGGGAUGCAGUCAGCGAUGGACUGAUAGACUUGGUGCAACCACUCCUUGCGAAGUUGGCAGCUUCGCGGGGUUGUAUAGCUCGACGUGGAACCAAAUUCUUUGAUCAAGCCAUGCGACAUGCAGACCGAACAAUGAUUGAUGUCCUCCUUCAAGCUGGCCUCAGUCCUUACGACUCUUGUAUAGACCGAACCAUCGACUAUUCGCGUAUAGUCAGCUUCGAACGUGUUCAUUGGACAAUCAACACUCCUUUCAUGGCCGCCUUAGACAUGUACCUGGAAGAGUGUACCCGUCUCAGUGCAGAGCCUAUACUAAACUUGCGGAAGCUCAUAACAAAGAAGCUCAUCGGCUUCCCUACCGACAAUCUCGACAAAGAGCAGCAGUUGUCAUGA